CGCCAGGUUUCUAGCGUCGCUGUUUCUGAGCCACUCGAGAACUACUUAGGAGUUGUUUCGUGGUAAACGUGUCGUUGGUAGUAGUAUAAACAGAUUUAUAUGAAAAAAAAGUUGAUUUUAGACAAGAAAAUGAUCAUUUGAAUGACAUUUUUAUACAUCGAGAUAAUUGAAAUAUUUUGCAAUGACAUCAAUACAUUUUGUAGUUCAUCCGCUACCGGGAAACGAAGAUCAAUUGAAUGAAAGGUUAAAAGAAGUUGCUGACAGAACUAAUAGAUGUGGAUAUAGUGUACCAUCAGUUCUUGCACAGCUAAAAAAUGUCUCAAUAAGGCAAUGUGUUAUUGGACCAUCUCAUAUUGUUUUCCUUCUUGAAGAUGGACGGGUUUGUCGAAUAGCAUUUUCUAUUCUAGCAGAUAGACUAGAUUUAAGUAAAAAUGAAGCAUCUAAGGCGUUUCUCAAUAGGCUUAAUUUAAAGGGCACUACAAGUUCUCAGUGUGGAACCAGAGCUCCAGCACGCAAUAGAGGUAGGAUUAUAAGAACAACUAGUAGCAGAGGUAGAGGAGCUGGUGUCAUAAUGGGAUCUCGACCUGUAGUUCCUGCACCUUAUGUACCGGAGGAAUUAGUCUCUCAAGCUCAAGUAGUACUUCAAGGAAAAUCCAGGAAUAUUAUAGUAAGAGAAUUACAACGUACAAAUUUAGAUGUUAAUCUUGCAGUAAACAAUCUUUUAAGCAGAGAUGAUGAAGAAGGGGAAGAUGUAGAUGAUAGUCAAGAUUCUUAUAUGCCUGGAGAUGACCUGAUAUCUUUAUUGGAUGCUGGAAUUCAUACAGAUCAUCCUAGUGUUAUUAUUGAUGCUGAUGCUAUGUUUUCAGAAGAUAUGUUUGGUUAUUCAGCUUUAAGAAGCAGAUCAGGAAGUAGGGGAAGAACAGGUGAUAGAGAUAGAGAUGCUGACAGAGAUAGAGAAAGAGAUUCUAUGUUUAGAUUUCGUGAUCGUCAUCAGUACACAACUUCCAGAAGAUGGUUAGAAUCAGCAUUAAGAGACAGUGGAGGUACAGAUAAAACAGCAGAGGGAUUAAGUAUGGCAGAAACAAAGAAGAAAGAAUCAACAGAUUUGAAUCCUCUUUGGCUUUCAGAUGAACUUGAAUUUUGGCCAGACAAACUUUCUCAGGGGUUAAAAUUUGUACAGUUAGCUGCAUUACAUUCAGAAUUAAUCGCUUUAAGUACAGUUGGCCAGAUACAUCAAUGGAAAUGGAAUGAUUCUGAACCAUAUAGAUCUCCUGAGAAUUUGAACAUUCAUCAUCCAAAAACAACAGCACUUGGACUGUUAGGAGAAAAAAUUGUUAUAUUAGCAGCAGGUGGUACUAGAGCUACAGUUGCUACAGAGAGUGGAAAAGUUGCAACUUGGAUAGAUGAGACAUUAGCAGCAGUUUCUUCAAAAUUAGAACAUCCAGUCCAAACAUUUCCAGAAUUUCAGCAGGAUAAGAUUGUAAAUCUUUAUGUUUGUUCUCUGUAUACAUGUGCUCGUUUAGAAUCAGGUGCUAUUUAUUGGUGGGGAAUUGCUCCAUUUAAUCAACGGAAAAAAUUGUGUGAGAAAACACGAGCACGUGCAAAAAAGCAUAAGUCUUCCAGUUACUCUUGUGAUAUAACUACAGGUGUACAGGUAUGUAUGAGAAAUAGUCCGAUAUAUCAUCCUGGUGCCCUAGCCUUUACUACUGCAGGAAGUGUUCCCAGAGUUGGACAGCUUUUAUCAGCCGCUUGGAACUUAACAGAUUGUUGUCAUUUUCGAAUAUUGCCUCCAUUAACAAAUGAGAAAAGGUCAGAGCAGAGAGAGGUAAAAGAAAAUCCAAAACAAACUAGUGAAUACAAAGUUGAUCGUCAAGAAAUGCCACCACCACCAUCUCCUGCUUCUUCUACUUGCAGUGAACCAGCUUCAAGUCCUUUACCUCAUAAAAGGAAGCAUCGAACUGGAAUACUAUCAAGGGAAGAUGGAGAAAGAAAGGAGGAAGAAUCAUGGUGUUUAAAAGAUGUAGUUUUUGUAGAAGAUGUUAAAAAUGCACCUGUUGGACGAGUUUUAAAAGUGGAUGGAGCAUAUGCUGCUGUAAGAUUUGCUUCAAAAGAUUCAGUAUCUGGUAGUCAACCGAUUCUUUCUGUUGGUGGUGGAAAUGAAGAUCUCAGUGCAAUAUUACAAGACUGUCGUUUAUUACGUAAAGAUGAACUUCAGGUAGUCAAAGGUAGUUGCACACCUCGAAUUCCUGAUUGUUUUCAAAGAAAUCCCCGUAAAGUUGCUAUUUCUGAUAGUGGACAAAUCUUAACCAUGGCUGUUGAUGGACAAGGAAUUCAUGCAGUUGUAAGGACAAAUAAUCGUCUGAGUUAUGUUCUUUACAAUUUGAGCACGGGUCGUGCUGAACAGGAUAGUACUUUUCCUACAGAUACUCAGUCAUUCUUGGGUCAAGAUUCUCACUUGGUUUCUCUAAAUAUAAGUGGAGAAAAUGAAACAAUAGCAAUGCUUCGUGAUGGGAAUAGUGCCAUAUAUCCUUUAGCAAAAGAUUGUACUGAUAGUAUCAAAGAUCCAAUUUGGUUAGAUUUACCACCAGCACGAGCAAUUGGAUUAGGUGUCCACUCUCUUAAAGAUGUUCCAGCUAAUCAAAAAAACCAAGUUGCAAUAGUAGUUCUUGCAUUGGAGCAUCAAACUCUUCUGCCUCCUAUUUUAAAAUGUGAAUUAGAAGCAAUAAGACAAACAUUAACAUCUUUAGAGAGAGAUUCUGGGUCUCUCUCGGCACAAAAUACAUUACAGUCCAUUUUAAAUGAACGUUGUGAUGGUAAUCGUAAUAUUUUUCAUGCUGCAAUAACAACUUGUUUUCCUGCUUCUAAUAAAGAAUGUGAUACUGGAGAAAGCAAUACCAAUAAUAAUACUGGUCUAGAAUCUUUAGAUAUAUUAAGUGGAACAGUAUCAUCACCAAGUUCUGGCUUAUCAACUCGCAGUCUGUCUUUAAGGGAAAUGAUGCGUCGUGCGACUUCUGCUGCUCGUAGUCUUGCUGGUCUUGACAAUAGAGAUCCUGAUGUUGCAAUACCAACAUUGAGUUGGCCCCCAGAACCAGCAGAAACAGGUUCGUUAUCAUCUACUGUUGAACCAUCAGAACGACGUAACACAGCUUUAAAUGUUUUAGGUUUGCUUUGUGAAUCGCCUGUUUUGAAACCUUAUUUAAGAGAACUUCUUACAGCUAAAGAUGCUGAAGGAUGUACACCAUUUAUGGGAGCUAUAGCUGGUCGUGCGUAUCCUGCUGCAUUAUAUUUAAUGGAUACGUCACAACGGAUAGCUCGUGAGACUAUGAGUGAUGUGGAAGGACAACAAAAGAUUCUUCAAAGUAUGUUGUAUCCAAGAGGCUCACAUCCAGAUGAUUCACCACUUCAUGUUCUUUGUUGUAAUGACACUUGUAGUUUUACAUGGACUGGAGCUGAACAUAUUAACCAGGAUAUUUUUGAAUGUCGGACUUGUGGAUUAACUGGAUCGUUGUGCUGUUGUACAGAAUGUGCUAGAGUUUGUCACAAGGGACACGACUGUAAACUUAAGAAGACAUCUCCAACUGCAUAUUGUGAUUGUUGGGAAAAAUGUAAAUGUAAAGCAUUAAUCUCUGGUCAUCAAGGUGCUCGAUAUCAUUUAUUAAAUCGCUUAAUUAGUGAAACUGAUUUGGUUACUUUACCAAAUAGCAGGGGGGAGAGCAUUUUAUUAUUUUUAGUUCAGACUGUAGGUAGACAAGCUGUUGAACAAAGACAGUAUAGGCCUUCUCGUCCUAGAACUUCUGGUCAGAGGAAAACACCAGCUUCUGAUUUAGAAACAGAUAUGCCUGAACAUGACUUGGAGCCACCUCGCUUCUCAAGACGUGCUUUAGAACGUUUAUUAAAUGAUUGGAAUGCAGUUAAAGCAAUGAUACUCUCAGGUUGGCGUGGAAAUGAUACAAAUAAUGGUUUAGCUGCUAUUGGUCAACCAUAUGAAGACCAAGCUUAUUUGAAUAGUCAGAGUGGGACUGCUUUAUUAGAUAAAUUCACUCAUUGUUUACUUGUGAAAUGCAGCAUGGAGAUGUUAGAUACAUUAUUGACAACAUUAAUUCGAGAAAUGCAGAAUGAUAGUAAUCAGAAUCGUCAGACAGAAGCUCAUCUUGUAGCUCGAAGAUUUAUUAGAUCUGUAGCUCGUAUUUUUGUAAUACUUAGUGCAGAAAUGGCUCCCAAUACGAGUCGCAAGAAAAGUGUUAAUGGAGCAUCCCAACCUUUAUUGAAAUGUCGAAGAGCAUUUCAAGCUCUUAUUACAUUAGCUGUAGAAGAAUUGUGUGAGACAGCUGAUUCAUUAAUUGCCCCUGUUCGUUUAGGAGUUGCACGGCCAACAGCACCAUUUUUGUUAGUUUCAUCCUGUAUUGAAGCUGUACAUGGCAGUGAAGAGCUUUUUGCAGUUGAUCCAAUGCUGACUCGUAACAAUCAACAUGAAAUAUCAAAUGGAGGAAGUUGUACUUCAGAUAGUCAACAAAUUUCUGUUGGACAAGUUGGUUCAACUAGAGAUAGAGAUGAAGAAGAUCAUGAGGUGGAUGUAGUUGAAGGAGCAGUCAGUGAAGAUCCAGAUCAUGAAGAAAGUGAGAGAGAUGAUCGCACUGAGCACUCUGAACAUGACAAUAUUCCUCCAGAACAUAAUGAAGAGGAAAGUGACAGUGAUAGUGACAGCAAUCCUGAUAGUGCAUCAUAUCAAAGUAAUCAAGACAAUGCUAGUGCACAAAGAAGUGCAACAACAGGAGCAACAGCUGGUUCUGAUGCUGGAAUUGCUAGCAUUCCCUACUUUUCAGAAGAUGAUUCGGCAGAAUCUUCAAAUGCAGAAGAUGAAGAAGAAAGUGAAGCAGGAGAGACUGAACCUGAUACAGAAGAACUGGCUUUUCUUGAUGAACAAUUAGAAAGAAGAAGCACAACUGGAAAUACUGGUCCUAGACCUAAUUUAGCUCCUCAACAUAUGCAGUGGGCUCUUCGUCAGCGAGAAUCUGGUCGAGGUGCAAUCAGUAAUUCUGGUUCAAGUGGUUUAAUAUAUAUAGAUCCUUCAUCAUUACGUAGAACUACAGCUGGAACUACUUCUGUAGCAGCAGCAGUAACUCAAGAAUGUACUAUAACCAUGGCAACAACAACAGUCUGUCUGUCUCGUGCUUUUGCCAUUGUAAUUCAUCAGAUAGCAGAUUUAUUGACUAUGUUACAAGAUUAUCAUGCUUUAGUGCCAAGUUUGCCAAGAGUGCUAGAUGUUUCAUAUCAGGAAUCAAUAAAUUUACAACUAUAUCUUGAAUAUCAUCUAAAACCAAUUUGGGAAUGGUUAGUUACUGUAAUGGAUUCUACAGAAGCACAAUUAAGAUUUGGUUGUGCACUGACAAAUAGUUCCGAUCCUGCACAUCCUGCACAUCCCCUUCAUUCUCAGCACCUAAGGCCAGGUCGAAGAGGAGAAGAAGGUCGUUCUCAGGGUUUAGACAAUCGGCGAAGAGGAAGAAUAGUAACUUCUGGUUCUGAUGGUGUAUCAGCACGUCGAGAUUUUCUGUCAUAUGCAUUAUCAUUAAUGAGAGCACAUAACAAUGAGCAUUUUGAUUCACUACCAGUUAUUGAUGUAUCAGCUCUUAAACAUAUUGCAUAUGUUUUUGAUGCUUUGAUAUAUUAUAUGCGCUCUGGAAUGGAUGGUACUGAUUCAGAAGUGUUAAGAGAAGGAUUUUCAGUUGAUCCUUGGAAUGAUCAAGAUGAAAAUGAAAAUGAAGAUCAAGAAGAAGAAGUUGGACCUGCACUUCCUAUGGAUACUGAUAGUGCCGAUGAUGAUUCUCAUUUAUUGUCUUCAAAAGGACGAAAACACCCAUUUUUCCAACGUUCAGAUUCUACUUUAUUUUUAGGAUGUCCUCCUCCAGAUCCAUUUACAACUCCUUUGGCUGAAGCAUUACCUUUAGCUGAUCAGCCUCAUCUAUUGCAACCAAAUUCAAGAAGGGAAGAUUUAUUUGGUAUUCCACAUGAACCAGUAAAUAUGCCAGCUAUAACUAAUCCGUCUAAUUCACAUUAUGGAAAUUAUAAUCCAUUUGAAGUGUUGCCAACAAGACUUGGUCUUUCUCCUCGUUCUUCUGAUGGCAACGCUCAACAAUCUCUGUCUUAUAAUCAUUUUUCGUCCUCUUUAUCAACCAAUACAUCUUAUCUGCCAUCUCUAUCAUCUAUGGCACAUCCUCCAACCCGUCCGCCACCGCCGCCACCACCACCACCUCCGCCGCCACCACCUCCACCUCCGCCGCCACCCCCAUCUUCUGAACUAGAAAUUCCUUCAACUGUUGCUGUUGAAGGAAUUGCUGCUAGUCUUACUCAUGCACCUACUACUACAGGAGAAGGAUUUGCUUCAUCAAAUAAUCAAAUAAAUAACCAAGAUUUUAAUAUAGUGCCUACUUCAUCUGUUCGUCAACCAACAGUUAUCAAUAUUCCACGACCCGUUGAUACAACAACUGUUUCUUCAUCAGCUUUAUGUUUAGAAACAAGAGCACCUAUUAUAGUGGCUGCUCCAAGCAAAAAAGUUUCAGAAAUACAAUCUCCUGUGAAAUCCAGUGUCAUUGUUCAUGCUGGUUGUAUCAGGCCAUCUGCAGCAACUACUCCAGAAUCAUUACUUCCUGUUUCUACUACUACAACAACAUAUGUUGCUGCACCUAGUCCUGCAGCCGAAGUAACUGUAACAUCCACUAAUUCAUGUCCUUUUAAUAACAGUUCAACAGCUGGUGUUUCUGUAUGUGUACCUCUAAUUCAAACCAACAAUGAAACACAUAUGGAAACAUCAUCUCAACAAAAUCAUGAAAACACUUCUACAAAUAUGGUUAUUGAUGGUGUACAGAGUCAGAAUGUUAUAAAUAGGUCACAGAAUAUGAUAGGACAACUUGUAUCACAUGAUGUUUUAUUAGGAAGAUGGAGGCUAUCAUUGGAACUUUUUGGUCGUGUAUUUGUUGAUGAUGUUGGUGCUGAACCUGGUUCUGUGAUUAGUGAAUUAGGAGGAUUUCCUGUAAAAGAAGCUAGAUUUAGACGUGAAAUGGAAAAAUUACGUAGUUCUCAACAGAAAGAUCUUAAUUUGUCUAAAAUUGAGAGAGAAGGAACAUCAUUGUUGCCACAAACAUUUAAAGAAUUAAAUACACAAUUUAAUAAUUACAGUCGGAGAGGCUCGCAAAAUUCUCCUCCUUUAGCUGUCUCACGGGUGAAGGUAAUGUUUAAAGAUGAACCUGGAGAGGGUAGUGGAGUAGCUCGAAGUUUCUAUACAGCUGUGGCUGAGGCUGUGCUCUCAUCAGAAAGGUUGCCAAAUUUGGAAAGUUGUCAAGUAGGAAGUAGAAGUGUUCAAUAUAAUUUAAUACAAAGACUAAGGACAAGGGAAAGAGAACGUGAGCAGCAAAGAAGAGCCAGUCAACCACCUCCAAGACCAAGAGAAACACGAGAGAGAGAGUCUCAGAUAACUUUACGUUAUGAUGCACCUCAUUUUAAUAUGCCAGGAGAAGCAGGAAGCAGUGGUCAAGGAGGAAAUGACCAUUUAAGUACACAUCGACAGCAGUUAGGCCAACGUCUCUAUCCCAGAGUUCAAGUACUUAGACCUUCUUUGGCAAGUAAAAUUACUGGCAUGUUACUUGAAUUAUCUGCUGCACAAUUACUUUUGUUGUUAGCUUCUGAAGAUGCUUUGAGAUUGAAAGUUGAUGAAGCUGUUGACAUAAUAUUAUCCCAUGGCAGAGAAACGAGUUCCGAAGCAUUGUUGGAUUUGGAUGUUUUCAAUUUAGUAGAUAGGUCUCGUAGGAACAGUUCUACACGCCGAAGUGAUGCCGAAGAUGAUGAUGACAUGGAAGAUAAUACUCCACUUUUUUACCAACCAGGGAAAAGAGGCUUUUAUUCUCCUCGUCAAGGAAAAUCUACAUCAGAAAGAUUAAAUGCAUUUCGUAAUGUUGGUCGUGUGAUUGGAUUAUGCUUGCUGCAGAAUGAAUUAUGUCCAAUAUUCUUAAAUCGUCAUGUCAUUAAAUUCAUUCUUGGAAGGCGUGUAGGAUGGCAUGAUCUUGCAUUCUUUGAUCCACUCUUGUAUGAAUCUCUAAGACAAGUGGUAAUUGAUGCUGAAUCAAAAGAUUCAAAUACAAUAUUUUCUGCACUUGAUUUAACAUUCUGCAUUGAUCUGUGUGUGGAAGAGGGUGGUGGAAGCGUUGAAUUAAUUCCAGGAGGAGGAAGUAUAGAAGUUAAUAGUCAAAAUGUGUAUGAUUAUGUCAGACGUUAUGCAGAAUAUCGUAUGAUGAAAUCACAGGAAAGAGCUCUUGAGGCUUUACGUACUGGUGUCUAUGAUGUCUUGCCUCUUGCUAGUUUGGAGGGACUAACUGCUGAAGAUUUUCGUUUAUUAUUAAAUGGAGUAGGAGAAAUAAAUGUUCAGACAUUGAUAAGUUAUACAUCAUUUAAUGAUGAAAGUGCUGGUGCACCAUCUGGGGAAGGUGGAGAUAAACUGAUACGUUUCAAACGCUGGUUUUGGUCAAUUGUAGAACGUAUGACAAAUCAAGAGAAACAAGAUUUGAUAUAUUUUUGGACUGGAAGCCCUGCUCUCCCGGCAAGUGAGGAAGGGUUUCAGCCCAUGCCAAGUAUAACCAUCAGACCAGCUGACGACCAGCAUCUUCCUACUGCCAAUACAUGCAUCUCUCGUCUUUACAUACCUCUCUAUUCCUCUAAAACGAUUUUACGAGCCAAACUGCUCUUGGCAAUCAAAACGAAAAACUUUGGAUUUGUCUAGUCAUCUCUCAUAAUUUUCUUGUUUUAGUAUAGUAUAAAUCUCAUGAUCAAAUUUGGAAAGUGACAAAUAAUUUUAGCUAUUGUAUACAAAUAUGAAAUAAAGUGAACAUCAUUGGAUUGUGGUGAGGACAAGUGGAUUUUAAAUACAAGAAACAAUUUGUUUUACAUCGUCUGAUAAACUUAGAGCCUUCUGGUAAACUUCGGCUAAAUGAUAGGAUAAAACCGAGACCUACUGUGCAAAUUGUACAAGCUGGAUUAUAUUUAAAAGGACUAAUUAUAAAAUUGUUCUGAAGUUAAAGUGCAGAAUAAUUUAAUGAAAAUAUAAAUAACUUUGUUAUCUAUCAUAUGUAAAGAAGAUACUCAGUCGGCUAUGUUUAUUUGUAAGUAUUGUUUAAUCUUAAAUAUUUUCAUUGGACGAUUAAACAAAAUACAAUGUCUGUAUCUGUAAUAGUAAUGUUAUUCUGUAUUAAAUAUAUAUAUAUUUAAUAUAUAUAUAUAUAUUAUAUAUAUAUAUAAAAAAAUCCAGAUAGAAUUGAUAGAACCUUUGUUAUUGUCUUGACCAAAAAUGAACAAAUUGAUAUUGAUUUUUUCUACUGCACACUGCAUUAAAAUGACAGCAAAUUUGAAAGUAACUUUUAGAUUUGUGCAAAAUAUGCAUCAGGCAAACUUUGUAUUAUCUAAAUUAUAAUUUUAAAUAAGAAGGGCAAUAUUGCACAUUGUCCUGAAAAAUUUCUCCAUCUGAAACUGUCUGUAUGUUAAAAUAAAAUAAUUUUUUAUGCUUUGAAA